GGUUGCUAUGAGACCCGCUGGAGCAGAGGACCAGCAGCCAGCAGGGCACUGAUGGUUCUUACCUCGCUCUAAACCCUUCCUUUGACACAGUUUUAGAGUUGUUUAAUAUCCAAGCAAGCACCUGACAGGGGUGACUUUUGCUUUUUCCCUCUUCCUGUCCCUCGGGUAAGAUGGAGGUAGAAAGCGAAGCCAGCUGCUCUCCGGGCAGCGCAUCAGGCGGGUCCAGAGAGUACAAGCUGGUAAUGCUGGGCGCAGGGGGAGUUGGUAAAAGCGCGAUGACAAUGCAGUUUAUUAGUCAUCAGUUUCCUGAUUAUCAUGAUCCCACUAUUGAAGACGCUUAUAAGACCCAGGUCAGGAUUGACAAUGAACCAGCUUAUCUGGACAUCUUGGACACUGCUGGACAGGCAGAAUUCACAGCCAUGAGGGAGCAGUACAUGCGAGGUGGAGAAGGGUUUAUCAUCUGCUAUUCUGUCACUGACCGCCAGUCAUUCCAAGAAGCAGCCAAGUUUAAAGAGCUAAUUUUUCAGGUCCGCCACACCUAUGAAAUUCCGCUGGUGCUGGUGGGUAACAAAAUUGACCUGGAAGAGUUCCGCCAGGUCUCAACCGAAGAAGGCCUGAGUCUGGCCCGAGAAUAUAACUGUGCUUUCUUUGAGACAUCUGCAGCCCUCAGAUUCUGUAUCGAUGAUGCUUUUCACGGCUUAGUGAGAGAAAUCCGCAGAAAGGAAUCCAUGCCGUCCUUGAUGGAGAAGAAACUGAAGAGAAAAGACAGCCUGUGGAAGAAGCUAAAAGGCUCCUUAAAGAAGAAAAAAGAAAACAUGAUAUGAUAGCUCCGCUUUUGAGUCUUUUUCUCUGUGAAUGCAGCCGUUGGACAAGUCCAAGUGGAGCAUCUUGCUUUAAUAUGUCCUAUUGCUCUCUCUUUCUCUUUAAAUGUUUGCCUGUAAGUAAAAGCAAGAUCUGCAUAGCUGUACCUCUUGAGAUAGUUUUGUUUUGCCCGUAACAUUUGGAUGGAUUUUGUCAAUCAGCUGGAUAUGCUGUUUAGUUUUUACAAUAUAUUGCUAAAUAAAAUUGACAUUCCAAUUGCCU